AUGACUUUGAUAUCUGAAACAUUAACUAAAAAAAAUUCUAAAUGUUCUUUAAUUCCUUUUAUUACAGCAGGUUAUCCAAAUUUACAAGUAACAGUUAAAGCUUUGUAUGCCUUAGAUGAAAAAGGUGCAGACGUUAUUGAAUUAGGUAUACCUUAUUCAGAUGCACUUGCAGAUGGUCCUGUUAUUCAAGAGUCAUCUCGUAAAGCUUUAGAACAAGGUGUUUGUUUGGAUAAAAUUUUGUGCAUGUUGAAGAAAGUAAGUCCUAAUAUAAAUGCUCCAGUAAUUAUAUUCACCUAUUAUAAUCCUGUACUUGCACGAGGUAUGAAGAAAUUUAUUCAGGAUAUUUCUUUUAGUGGUGCUCGUGGUUUGAUUAUACCAGAUUUACCUUUGGAAGAGGUUGAUUAUAUCCUUAAAUUAUGUACUCAAUUUAAUAUUGAGUUGAUUUUAUUUAUUGCCCCUACAAGUUCAGAAAUUAGAAUGGCUUCUAUUCUAUCUAAAUCUCCUGGUUGUAUCUAUUUAGUCAGUAGUUAUGGAGUGACAGGUAUGCGUAAUAAAAUAAGCAUUAAUAUAGAUAAAUUAGCGCAAAAAAUUAAAGCUAAAUCGAAUAAGGUAAUUAUACUAGGUUUUGGUAUAUCUAGUCCUCAACAAGUAUCGACAAUAGCUAAAUGGCAUGUAGAUGGCUUAGUUGUAGGUAGUGCUUUUAUGAGUACUAUGCUAAAUAAAUCUGACAUAGAAGCUAUUCAAUCUUUAAGUGAAGCAUGUGAAACAUUUAAAGCAGCAAUAGAUAAUUAA